AUGAAUGAUAUAACAUUAUCGAACUUUGAAAUCCCUUCUUCAGAUUUAAUAAAGCCUGUGGAUCCACUUGGUAGCUCAGUGAGUGAAUGUCGUGUUAAGAAAAGCAUGUACUUUAAGUCACCUGUGGCUGAAAAGGAAAUCGGACAAUUCAAAAAAAAUGAUCAAAGACUUCGUGAUUUGGAAAAAGAAGUCAAAUAUAUUCAUAAAAUUUGUAAUUGUAGCUCUUAUCUUACAUUCUAUGGUUACACUCGUCGAAACACAAGUUACAGCGCUAUUUGGAAAUGGGGUGGCUAUAACCUACAAGCUUAUCUUGCGGAGAACCCGAACCUGGAAUGGAAAAUAAGACUAUCGAUCGCACAAGGGAUUUCUAACGCGUUGAACUUUAUUCAUAAAGAGGAGAUCCUACACUAUGACAUUAGAAGCUGCAACAUCUACCUGAGCCUUUGCUUGCAAGUUAAACUUCAUGGUUUUCGUUUAGCGGGAGGUUCAUCUAUUUCACCGGUUAUGUUAACUUCAGCAAGUGAACGUACGGAUCCUAGAUGGACUCCUCCCGAAAAAAUUCGAGAUAAAAUGUAUACUAAAGCCAGCGAAAUUUAUAGUUUUUCCUUGGUUCUUUGGGAAAUCAUCAAUAAUCGUACUCCAUUCAACGACAUGUUGCCUGAAGAGAUAACAAACAAGGUUCUCAAUGGGGAACAUCCACAACCCGAGAGAACCAAUGGCACACCCGUGGAAUAUCAGGAAAUAAUGGAAAAAGGUUGGAAUAUUAAUCCAACGAAUCGUCCAACCGCUCAACAAAUGCUUAAUUUAUUAAGUCAUUUGGAAUCAAAAGAAUGGCUUGGUCAUAGACUACCUAGAAUUGGAGAUGAUGAUCACACUCAGCCCGAUUUUCAAACAACACCUUUUUCACCAAAGAACUCGAAAUUACUUGAUUUUCCAAUUUCAAGAUUAACAGAUUUAGCGUCAACAUCAGACUCCUGUAAAGCGGUAUUAAAUUUGUUUGAAGCUGCAAAACGUAAUAGAGAUCUUUUUGAUAGGGGAGUGGAAAUUAUUAAUGAUGGGAAGAUUAUUCUUAAUGAAAUAAAGCAAAUUAUCGAUCAAUCAACAAAUCUUUAUUGGAAGGAUUGCAUCGAAGAGUCUUCAGCUUUUCAAAAUUAUAGUAAUUAUUUAUUGAAUAUUGAGAAUGUCAAUGGAUUUAUAGAAGUUGAUGACGCCGAGGUUCGACAAGAAAUACCAAUGUUAAAUGAUGAAUUAGAUUACUUGACAAGUGAAUUACGUAAAUUGGUUCAACAAUGGAAAUCCAACUUUAAAAAAUGUGGAGUGACCAAAAGAAAAUUUAAAGCGGCCGCUAAAAUGUUGAUAUUAUAUAAAUCAAUUUCGCCGCCAUCAUCUAAAAUGAACAGUGAAAUCUCAUAUUCUAAAUUGGACUGUGAAAUCCCAUCAUAUCUUGUUGAUACAGAGAAUUCAUCGGUGAUUCCUGGAAGUAAGAAUAUUAAAAAGGGACUUUAUAUGUUCAGUGCUUCGGUGGCUGAAAAAGUCGUUGGAAACUUUGAAAAGAAUGAUCCAAAAAUUAAUGAAUUGCAAGACGAAAUUAAUUACCUGAAAAGACUCAGUGAAUGUGAAAAUAUUCUCAAGUUUCAUGGGCUCGUUCGUAGAAACACUAGUUGGAGUGUCAUUAUGAAAUGGGGUGAAUAUAAACUACAACCUUAUCUUGAGAAGUAUCCAAAUAUGGAAUGGACAAAGAAAUUGAUGAUCGCGCGCGGAAUCGCCGACGCGUUGAAUUUUAUUCACACGAAAGACAUCUUACAUUUUGAUAUAAGAAA